AUGUCCACACCAAGUGACUUGGACUUGGACACCAACCUAGCUGAGAAUAGCCAUCACUGGCAGGUUGAGGCAUCAGUGUCUGCUGCACUCCCCAUUCACCCCACUAAUCUCCAUCAACCUGGAAUACAGCCUGAGCCUGAGCCACUAGCUGUAUCAAAGAAGAGAUAUCUCCAUUUGUAA